AUGCCUCUUCCGCCGAAGCUGCAACGCAAGCACGUCAACACCCAGGAUGUGCAAGAUCUCAUCGAUGGCUGGCCGACAAUCCGUUCUCUGCUCGCAACACUUCCAAGACACUUGCUUCAAUCGCUGGUCGACACGGAUGCUGCCAUGGAUCUCGACACAUCAACCGCGACAGAGGAUACGUCCUCGUACCCCCAAUGCGACAUCGGUGCAGAUGAGGAUGCGACAAACCUGCACGAGAUCAUGCGGGGCUCGCUCCACUUACUCAUCAGGAAGGUCGACAAUCUGCAACAACAUCAACGCCUACUCUACCGCGACAACGAUCUGCUCAGAGCACGUAUUGAGAAGUUGGAACAACUCAAUAACCCACCGAGUGUCAACACGUCAAACGGCCCGUUGCCUCUGAUGGGUACCAUCACACUGGAUCUGCCCGUACACUAUCUACUGAGGGGCAACACAAACACGUCGCUUCAGCUCAUCAAACUUCCUAUGGUCGACCCCAAGGACCCAUCGGAGUACAUCUAUCUCAAAGCCUUGAUUGAUGUGACAUCAGCGACAUCAUGGCUGAGCCCCGAAAUUGCCAGCAAGUACCAUCUACCAGACGAUGAAGGCAUCAUCGUGCGCUCCUGCAGCGGGAUUGCAAAAUGGCUCGACGUGGAACUAAAGCCUACCCUGAUCCAGGUUCCUGACAUUGGGACGUUCAACAUCAACUGUUCAUCGCUUGCAGAAGUGGAGAUCAAGCUCUGGAAGAUAGGGAGUUUCGAUCGGAGAUUCCUGAAGCAGUGCGCUCGCCAGACGGACUUUCAUCCAAAGGCGGAAGCGAAUCGUACAGACAGACAUCAUUAUUGGACGCGACAUCCUGAAGCACUUCCACUCCGAAGACAUUAUCCUUCCAUCUGCGGACGUACAAAACUUCAUGAGACGCCACUGCAAGGAAUUCUGCACGAAGAUUACAAAGGACCUCGGUUCAUUCUACCCUACGGCACCAAGACGCUCGUUGCUAUUGACCCUCCUUCGGAUGAGCAUGAGCACUUCGUCACGGAUGUUGGCAUCAAGGAUCAAGGUCAACCUUCAUCGCUGCCGCAUGAUGGCGUUGCCAAGUCCUUC